CCUCUUUAUACAUGAAUGCUAGGGUUAGAGCAGAGAAACGAGCAUUCUAGAAGAUUUCUAAGUUUUUGAUCGGCUUCUUCUUCUUCUUCUCCACUCGCAGUUCCCAAAAUCAGAACAUCGAAUCAACAGAAAAUCGACUCACCUUGCCGUCGAUCAAAACCAAAAAUCCAUGGCCGCUGCCGCCGGAAGCUGUUCUUCAUACAAGAAAUACGAGAUCCGCCAUAGACUUCCGGAUCCCAAAAUCGCCGCCCUCUUAGUCAUCGAUAUGCAGAACUACUUCUCCGCCAUGGCCAAGCCCAUCCUCCCCAAUGUCCUCGCCACCAUCCGCCUCUGCCGCGCCGCCUCCAUCCCCGUCAUCUUCACCCGCCACGCCCACUCCUCUCCCUCCGACAACCCCAUUCUCGGCGAGUGGUGGAACGGCGACAUCAUCCUCGACGGCACCCCCGCCGCCGACCUCAUCCCCGAUCUCGGCCCGGUCGCCGCUGACGAGGUCAUCCGGAAGAACACCUACUCCGCGUUCAGGAACACGCCGCUGGAGGACUGCUUGAGAGCGAAGGGCGUGGAGGAGGUGAUUGUGACUGGGGUUAUGACCAACGUCUGCUGCGAGACGACGGCGCGUGAGGCGUUUGUGAGGGGCUACAGAGUGUUCUUCUCGACGGACGCGACGGCGACGGCGGACGAGGACCUGCACGAGGCUACGCUGAAGACUUUGGCUUAUGGAUUUGCUUACUUGGUGGAUCGCCAGAGGCUGGAAGAACUUUCUGCGUUAUUUUAUGAUGAAACAACAGAAUCUUUUACAUGGUGAAUGGAGAAAAUAUUUAAAGUAAGUGAGAGAAGGAUAUGUGACAACAUAUCCUACGGUCUUCUUCAUUAGUUUGCAACGAUAGGCUUCAUGCUCGGUGUUGUGGUGCCCUGGGAGCAUCCUCCCUUUAGAAGGUGUUUGCAUAUAAUCGUUGUCAAGGAAAACUCCAGAAAUGGAGAGGAUUCUUCAAUUUUUACAUUAAUACUAUCCUAUCCUUUGGUGGGCGUGUUGGGGCAGAAUUUUAGGAUCUAAACUACACUUACAAGAAAUUAUUAAGGUAGUUAAUGAUUUCUAAACCAAAUAAAUGGUAACUAAAACAUUAUAGGAAUAAGAGUUAUUUUGGUGUAGUAUUUAGCUGAGAUUGUCUCAAUUCAGUGUAGGAGUAACUGACUACCCUUCGGUAGCUGUUGUUAUAAAUCACUGGAGUAUCAUUGCAAAAUUGAUAAUUUUUAGGGUUCAUUAUCUCUAUUUUUGCUAAAAGUGAUUGGUUUUAUAAAAGUUUUGGAAAGUUCUAACAUAGAUAAUUUGUUUAU